AAACAUAUUUUGGGGGGUCCUCCCGGAGACGCUAUGAUCACAAAGCCCCCUCCCCGCCCCCGGAGCUUGUCCCUGGGGCAGGAGAGACCAUGGGCCGGACCCAGUAAAGUGGGCAGGGCCGAGCUAGCAAUCCGAGACGUUCGUGGGGGCACGCUCAGCCCAGGGCUCAGCCUCGCGCCCUCCCGGGCCCAGACGUCUGGGCGUCGCGCCCCGCCGCCCGCCGCCGCGUCCCCGCCCCGCGCGCCCCCGCUGCGCCCUCGGGUUUUCCGCCGGCGACUCCGGGCUGGGCGGUGGCGAAGACCCGCCUCCGCGUCCCGCUGGACCCGCAGAGGGUCACUUCCCCUCUCAAGUUUCGGUUUCCUCGUGUGUCCCGUGGGCCCGCUGACCCCGAUCAGAGUCCUCCUGGGCGGCCGAUCGCCGGCCGGACCCCCGCCCCGCGCCCCGCACAGUCCUCGCUCGGUGAGCGGCGCCGGGACCCAGCCGCCGCGCCUCGUCUCCAGGGCGGAGCCCGCGUCGCGCCCGGGGCCCCUUCCCUGCGCCCCUCCGCGGCGCCCCGACCCCGCCAUGGCUCUCCCGGGCCGGGGGUUUCGCCUCCUGCUGCUGCUGCUGCUGGUUCUGCCGCCGUCUCCCGCGAGCGCGACGUCGGACCGUCCCCGGGCCGGCGACCCGGUCAACCCAGACAAGCUGCUGGUGAUCACCGUGGCCACUGCCGAGACGGAGGGCUACCGGCGCUUCCUACGCUCCGCCGAGUACUUCAACUACACCGUGCAGACCCUGGGCCUGGGACAAGAGUGGCGAGGGGGUGAUGUGGCCCGCACCGUGGGCGGAGGACAGAAAGUCCGGUGGCUGAAGAAGGAAAUGGAGAAGUACGCGGACAGGGACGAUAUGGUCAUUAUGUUUGUGGACAGCUACGACGUGGUUCUGGCGGGCAGCCCCUCGGAGCUGCUCCGGAAGUUCAUGAAGAGCGGCAGCCGCCUGCUCUUCUCCGCCGAGAGCUUCUGCUGGCCCGAGUGGGCGCUGGCCGAGCAGUACCCAGAGGUGGGCACGGGGAAGCGCUUCCUCAACUCUGGUGGGUUCAUCGGCUUCGCCCCCACCAUCCACCGCAUUGUGCGCCAGUGGAAGUACAAGGAUGACGAUGACGACCAGCUGUUCUACACGCGCCUCUACCUGGACCCCGGACUGCGGGAGAAACUCAGCCUCGGCCUGGAUCACAGGUCCCGGAUCUUUCAGAACCUCAACGGGGCUUUAGAUGAAGUGGUGUUGAAGUUUGAUCGCAACCGCGUGCGGAUCCGCAACGUGGCCUACGACACGCUUCCCGUCGUCGUCCACGGGAAUGGCCCCACCAAGCUCCAGCUCAACUACCUGGGGAACUAUGUCCCCAACGGCUGGACCCCAGAGGGCGGCUGCGGCUUCUGUGAGCAGGACCGGAGGCCGCUGCCAGAGGGGCAGCCUCUGCCGCGGGUGCUCCUGGCCGUGUUCCUGGAGCAGCCCACCCCGUUCCUGCCGCGCUUCCUGCAGCGCCUGCUGACGCUCGACUACCCGCCCGACAGGGUCACCCUCUUCCUGCACAACAGCGAGGUGCACCACGAGCCCCACGUGGCCGCCGCGUGGCCGCAGCUCCAGGACCAUUUCUCAGCAGUGAAGCUGGUGGGGCCGGAAGAGGCCCUGAGCGCCGGGGAGGCCAGGGACAUGGGCCUGGAGGCCUGCCGGCAGGACCCCGACUGCGACUUCUACUUCAGCCUGGACGCAGACACGGUCCUCACACACCCGCAGACCCUGCGCCUUCUCAUCGAGGAGAACAGGAAGGUGAUAGCGCCCAUGCUGUCGCGCCACGGGAAGCUGUGGUCCAACUUCUGGGGCGCGCUGAGCCCCGACGAGUACUACGCGCGCUCCGAGGACUAUGUGGAGCUGGUGCAGCGCAAGCGAGUGGGCGUGUGGAACGUCCCCUACAUCUCCCAGGCCUACCUGAUCCGUGGCGACACCCUGCGCACGGAGCUGCGCCAGAGAGACGUGUUCUCCAGCAGCGACAGCGACCCGGACAUGGCCUUCUGCAAGAGCCUACGGGACAAGGUGAGUGACAGCCCCUGGGAGGGGCCCUGCCCCGCCCCCACUCACUCGCCCCGCCUCUGCCCCGCCCCCACUCACCCGCCCCGCCCCUGCCCCCAGGGCAUCUUCCUCCACCUCAGCAACCAGCAGGAGUUCGGCCGCCUCCUGGCCACAUCCCGCUAUGACACUGACCACCUGCACCCCGACCUCUGGCAGAUCUUUGACAAUCCCUUGGACUGGAAGGAGCAAUACAUCCACGAGAACUACACCCGGGCCCUCGAAGGGGAGGGGCUGGUGGAACAGCCGUGCCCCGAUGUCUACUGGUUCCCGCUACUCUCGGAGCAGAUGUGUGACGAGCUGGUGGAGGAGAUGGAGGCCUUCGGGCAGUGGUCCGGGGGCCGGCACGAGGACUCACGGCUGGCGGGCGGCUACGAGAACGUGCCCACCGUGGACAUCCACAUGAAGCAGGUGGGCUUUGAGGACCAGUGGCUGCAGCUGCUGCGCACCUACGUGGGGCCCAUGACGGAGAGCCUGUUCCCCGGGUACCACACCAAGACCCGGGCGGUGAUGAACUUCGUGGUCCGCUACCGGCCGGACGAGCAGCCCUCCCUGCGGCCACACCACGACUCCUCCACCUUCACCCUCAACGUCGCCCUCAACCACAAGGGCCUGGACUAUGAGGGCGGAGGCUGCCGUUUCCUUCGCUACGACUGUGUGGUCUCGUCCCCGAGGAAGGGCUGGGGGCUCCUGCACCCCGGCCGGCUCACCCACUACCACGAGGGGCUGCCCACCACGCGGGGGACACGCUACAUCAUGGUGUCCUUCGUGGACCCCUGACCCCAAAGUCCUCCACCACCUACAGUGCCUUCUCCCCGUGCCAGCCCUCCACGCGCCUGGGAUCGAAUGUCUCGUCCCACGCCCAGGCCCCCCCGGAAGCCCCAGGGGCCCCUGCAGCCCCCCUCAGCCCCGAGGUUUGUUUAGGGGAAAAUUGGGGUCCGGGGAUCCCCUGUGUGAUAAGUUAUUUUCUUGGCCUCCUGCCCAGUAAAAGGAGAUUUGUAAA